GGGGGCCGCCGGCCGCCGCUGCGCCCCGCGCUGCCUGCGCCGCCUCCCGCGCUCUGCUCGCCGCCUCGCAGGACAGUGUGCGGCCGCCAGGGAUUAGCCACGCUCCGGACGCGGCCGGGCGCCCCGAAGGAGGUGGAGCGCGGUGCCAGGGGGCGGGAGGGGAGGGAGGGAAGGCGAGCUGCAGAGGAGCAGAAAGGAGGCGAGGCCGGGGAAAGAGGGAAACUACGCCCGACAACUAGGGAGGGGGCGAGAAAGAGAAGAAACCCACCCACCCACUCAGAAAAAGGAAAAGAGGAAAAAAAAUCUCGUGUGGCGCGCCGCCUGGUUAUCGGGCAGCCUCGCCAGCAGCAGGGGGUGGGAGCCGACGCUGCCGGAGAGCGAGCAGCCUGGCAGGCACGGACAUGGUGCUCCUGGCGCAGGGCGCUUGUUGCUCGAACCAGUGGCUGGCGGCGGUGCUUCUGAGCUUGUGCUCUUGCCUCCCGGCCGGGCAGAGCGUGGACUUCCCUUGGGCGGCCGUGGACAACAUGCUGGUGAGGAAAGGUGACACGGCGGUGCUCAGGUGUUACUUGGAAGAUGGAGCAUCAAAGGGUGCCUGGCUCAACAGGUCAAGUAUCAUUUUUGCUGGAGGUGACAAGUGGUCAGUAGACCCUCGAGUUUCCAUUUCCACAUUGAAUAAAAGAGACUACAGCCUCCAGAUACAGAAUGUUGAUGUGACAGAUGACGGCCCAUACACCUGUUCUGUGCAGACCCAACACACACCACGGACAAUGCAGGUUCAUCUCACUGUGCAAGUCCCCCCGAAAAUAUACGACAUCUCAAAUGACAUGACCAUCAAUGAAGGAACCAAUGUCACCCUUACUUGUUUGGCCACUGGGAAGCCAGAGCCUGCCAUUUCCUGGAGGCAUAUCUCCCCAUCAGCAAAACCAUUUGAAAAUGGACAAUAUUUGGACAUUUAUGGAAUUACAAGGGACCAGGCUGGGGAGUAUGAGUGCAGUGCAGAAAACGAUGUAUCCUUCCCAGAUGUGAAGAAAGUGAGAGUGAUCGUGAACUUUGCGCCUACAAUUCAGGAAAUUAAAUCUGGCACUGUGACCCCUGGACGCAGUGGACUGAUACGAUGCGAGGGUGCAGGUGUGCCGUCGCCGGCCUUCGAGUGGUACAAAGGAGAGAAGAGGCUCUUCAAUGGCCAACAAGGAAUUAUCAUUCAGAAUUUUAGCACAAGAUCCAUCCUCACAGUGACCAAUGUGACGCAGGAGCACUUCGGCAACUAUACCUGUGUGGCUGCCAACAAGUUGGGCACAACCAACGCGAGCCUGCCCCUCAACCAGAGUUCCAUUCCCUGGCAAGUUUUCUUCAUAUUGAGAGUUUCCUUUCUGCUGGCCUACAUCCUCUAAAAAGAUCUUUUGGUCUUCUAUGUUGUCUUACACAGCCCUAAUCUUUCAAUAAAUGAGACCCAAAUGCAGCCCGGGAGCAUGAAGACUGGAACUGUGAGUCUUCACAGAAUAAAACCAUGAUAGCAUUUGGGUUCACAGUCAAUGGAUGACCAGACCCUUAGCAUGGCCAAGCAUUUCCAUGCCUCCUUCUGGAGCAUACUGCCAUAUUCUUCUUGUUGUUAUUUCUGAGAGAUCUUCGAGUCCUCCCAUCUACUAUGCACCAUGUUCCCUGCAGCUGUGACCAUAUUGGAAGCAUGAUCACAUGACUAUGGCAGCAGGCAGCACACAACCUUGCCUACCAGGGCCUCUGUGCUUUCAUUUCUUUCUCUGAGAAAUGGAAAUGUAACCGCCUUAUUAAGAGACCCAGCCAUAUAAGUAAACAAAAGCAUUGUGCGGCUGUAACCAAACUCCCUCUUUACUUAGUAUAAGGCAUAAUUAUUAGACAUUCCUCAAAAAGGUAGAGUGAAGUGAAAUUGAUUACAGUUUUUUCUUCCUUUAGACUAUUGUAAUUUCCAAGUAAAGAAGGGGAAAGUAUGGCAGGGAUGGUUCAUCCACAGGGCAUACUUUCUCCAAAGCACUGAGAAUUCAGUUGUGGUACCUAGAGCGGCUAGGGUGAUAGCUGGAGAACCCUGCUCCUCAGAGAGUCUAUCCAGCCUAGGUGGAGCUUCCAUAUCCAAAAGCGUGCAACUGGGAUUUUUCUACAGACACACAAGUUAGCUAUCUUCUCAUGUGUACUUCAGUGAGAUAUGAUACAUUAAACAAGAAAUGUUAUUUUAUCUAUGCUAUGGCCAACAUUUAUAUAGCUUGGAUUUUUUCCAAUUUUACCU